CCCACAGGGAGACAAUUAACCGAAAAGCGUGUUGCAGUGCUUCUUUUUGUAAUUCUAGAGAGACAAAGAGAGAGGUGAUCUUUCAUGGCGAUUUAGUCGAUAAAGCUAACAAUUUCUUCAAAUUUGGGCUCUCUAUUAGCUGUACUCUUUUGUUUUGUUUCCUUUCUCUCUUCAACGCAUUCCCUCCAUAAAAAACCACUUCAAAGCAAAGGCUUCUGAUCCAUAAGUUACUGUCAAUUUCGUCGCCUGAAGAAGAAGAGAAGAUGAUGCAAAUGGACCGGAGACCGUUUUUGGAAGAGUAUGAAAAGCUUGUUGUUCGUAUGAACACUCCUCGGGUCAUGAUUGACAAUGCCGGUUGUGUGGACGCAACACGCAUCAUGAUUGACAGUGUCAGGAAAGACGGAAUUCUUCUCGAAGCAGUUCAAGUCCUCACAGAUCUAAACCUUUCCAUCAAAAAAGGUUACGUCUCCUCCGAUGGAAGAUGGAACAUGGAUGUCUUCCAUGUCACCAAUUUGGAUGGCAACAAAUUAACAGACGAAAGCAUCAUCAAUUGCAUUCAACAAUCUCUCGGAACCGUUAACAGAACAAAAUCAAAGUCGAUUGACGGAAUGACAGCCCUAGAACUCACAGGCACAGACAGAGUCGGCCUUCUAUCGGAAGUUUUUGCAGUUUUAUCAGAGCUCAACUGCGACAUCAUCGAAUCAAAAGUAUGGACACACAACGGCAGAAUUGCAGCGAUAAUCCAUCUAAAAGAUUGUGAUUCCGGUUCCCCAAUUGAAGAACCCCAAAAAAUAAACAGAAUCGAAGCUCGUUUGAAAAACGUCUUAAAAGGCGACAACGACAUACGAAGCGCAAAAACCUCAUUCUCAAUCGAAGUCACCCACACAGAAAGAAGACUCCACCAAAUGAUGUUCGCAGAUCGUGAUUACGAAAGAACUCCGAUCAUAAACACCAGCGGCCGUUAUUCUCCGUUAGUAUCCGUUCAAAACUGCUCAGAAAAAGAAUAUUCCGUUGUCAACAUUCAAGGCAAAGACCGACCCAAGCUUUUAUUCGACGUCGUUUGCACUUUAACAGACAUGCAAUACGUCGUCUUUCAUGCCACUAUCAACACCAGAGAAGACGACGCAUAUUUGGAAUUCUUCAUCAGACAUAUAGAUGGAAGCCCGAUAAGUUCUGAACCAGAAAAGCAACGUGUAAUUAUGUGCUUGAGAUCCGCCAUUGAAAGACGAGCUCCUGAAGGUGUACAGCUUGAGCUCUGCAAAACUGAUAAACCGGGCUUAUUGGCUGAAGUGAUGCGAACUUUUAGAGAAAAUGCGAUUAAUGUGACACAGUGUGAGAUAUCAACAACAAUGGGUGUGGCUCAUAAUAUAUUUUAUGUUACAGAUGGAAUUGGUAAUUCCGUGGAUUUGAAGGUGAUUGAUUUUGUUAGGGAAAGAAUUGGGUCGAGUUGCUUGAGAGUGAAGGAACUGCCAUUGAUGUUUAAAAAGAUUGAGAGGGAUGAAGGUGGUCUUGGAGGCGCUGUUUUGGUUUCACUUGGUAGUUUGUUGAGAAGGAAUUUAUAUAAUUUGGGGUUGAUGAAAUCGUAUUCUUGAAAGAAAAAGAAAAAAGGGGGUUGGAGUGAAAUGUUUUUGAAACAUGAGGGGGUGGUUUGAAUUUUUAUAGAAAAAGGAGGAGUGGAGUGAAUUGUUUAUGAAAAAGGAGGGGUUGUUUUGUAGAUAAAAGAUAUACGAGGGAUGUGGUUGUGGUAGUUAUUGGUAGGUUUGGUAGAUACAUAUACGGAUUAGGGUUUUGAAGGUUUGGAAUUUGGAUUGUCCACUCCCACCAUUUGUUAUUUGUUUUGGGAAGUGGAUUGGAUUAUUUAUGUACAUAAAUUCGUUACAUGCUUA